AUGUCCACUCCUACUUCAACUACAUCAACUACAUCUACUACAUCUACAACUACUACAACUACAUCAUCUACAACAAGUAAAAUGACAACAGCAGCAGCAACAUCGAUCGUUGCCUUUGAGGGUAUUCUAGACACAGCAAAGAAGUCACAUAUUCACAGUCUAAAGUAUAAGAAUAGAUAUGCUCGAUUAGUACCAGGUGCAUUAUAUAUAUAUCAAACUGAACAAGAUGACGACUUUAAAUGUAUAGAUAUUGAGUUGGCACAGAUAGACCUCAAUCCACCAAACAAUACAAGACCCUACACCUUUGCCAUUCGCAACAGUUCAAGCAAAGUGUUCUACUUCUCUGCAAAUACUCAACAAGAGUUCGAUCAUUGGACACAACAUGUAAAGACAUGUCAAGGAAAGAAGAAUGGUGGAGCACCUGUAUUGUCAAGAGAGGAAUCGAUAAAGAGAGAGGGUAGGACAGAUGUGCUGUUUAGAGCAAAGAAGAACAUCUCUGGAAAGAUCGCAGGAUCAGGCGUUGGAAAGAGCGGUUUGAAGAAGAUGAUACCAGAGGAGGGCCGCGAGCUAAUCAGCUCAGUGAGGAAGAUCAUCAAGCGUGUGUCCAACGAGGAGAAGGCCAACGAGACCGAGAAGAACAUCAUCAAGAUACUCAUCAAGAUCUUCUACCAGAUCGACUCCAAGACCAUCCAGAUCCAGGACUUGGCCAAGGUGGACAAGGCGCUGCGUGACGCGUUCAACAGUCUGGACCGUGCCUUCCGCUUCUACGGCGUCAAGAAGUCGGCCGACCUCAAGCCCAUCUUUGACGACGUGACCAAGGCGUUCAAGUCGGCCGAGCACGAGUCGGUCAUCCUGUUCUCGCCAUACCUGCGACCACACAACAUCCAGAAGAUGCGCACAACCUUUGCCUUCCUCGGUUCGGGCGAGUUCUUUAGCAAGGUGUGGGACGACAUGGAGAUUGAGGACGACCUCUUCCUCCUGAUCAGUGCUCUCAACAAGUAUACUCAGAUUGAGAUCAUUCAU